AUGGACGCUUACUUAUACGCAACUAGAGCCCUCAAAAUGGUGGAUGAGCAUCCUCCAGUGGAGCUGACUUUAAUACCGACCAGCAGUUUUUCUGUGGAAAGCUCCCUGCAGAAACUGGAAGCAAUCUCUACCAGGUUCUGGGCUAAACUGGAAGCACGAGCAGUAGCUUCACCUCCCCAACAAGAGAGCGUUGAUCAGCAAGUCAACCCAGGUGAAUCAGGAGGGCCCCCUCCGAGCACUGAAGGCAAGCAAGCUCCUGACCUUACACCCCUAUACUUACCUGGGUCUAGGGCCAUCCAGGGCUCAGCCCCACCACGUCCACCACAUCAGCAACAGCCCACUGUCCACAAGAUAGGGGCCGAUCCCUACAGCCCAUAUGGGAGGGACUUGGUUCCUUUGCGCGACCAGGCCCAUGGAAUGGAGGCACCAGCCACCACACUGGCCCAGGCCUAG